AUGGCGUCUGAUUCACCAAAGAUUACGCUGUACUGGCUCAACCACUCGCGCUCGCAGCGCAUAAUAUGGCUCCUCGAGGAACUGAAAGUCCCGUACGAGAUCGAAGUCUUCCACCGCGACAAGGAGACCCUCCUCGCGCCCAAGGAGCUCGAAAAGAUUCAUCCGCUGGGGAAGUCGCCCGUCAUUGGAAUCGUCCCCGCCGGAGGAGAUGCCAGUAAGCCCAUCAUCCUGGCGGAGAGCGGCUUCAUGACGCAGUAUCUUGUGGAUCAUGUGCCUGAAGGGAAGAAGCUGGUGCCGAAGCAGUGGAAGGAUGGGAAGGAGGGUACCAUUGGUGGUGAGACGGAGGAGUGGUUGCGGUAUGGGUAUUAUAUGCAUUAUGCGGAGGGGAGUUUUAUGCCGUAUCUGGUUUUUGCGCUGGUUACAUCUCGGCUCAAAUCUCCUCAGGUUCCGUUCCUCGUGCGGCCAAUUACCUCCAUUAUUGCGAAUCGCAUCAUCGCCAUGUUCGUUUAUCCUAAUGUGAAGCGCCAUCUUGCCUUUCUGAACGACCAGCUGGAGACGUCGAGCGGCAAGUAUCUCUGUGGGGAGUCGCUUACCGCGGCGGAUAUACUGAUGAGUUUCCCUCUUAUUGCUGGGUCUGGACGCUUCAAUGAGCUGGGUCACUUCGAGGGCGGGUCGUGGGAGAAGGCGUAUCCGAGGGUUGCUGAAUAUGUGAAGCUGUUGGAGGCGGAGGAUGGGUAUAAGAGGAGUGUGGAAAAGAUUGAGGCUAUUGAUGGCAAGUUUGAGGCUUCUUUGUAG